AUGGCAGAUCAGCGUCAGCGCAUAAUAUCCUCCGUCUUCUCAAGACGCAAUGCUGCUGGAAACCUUGAGGAGACCUACGUUUCGCAUGUCAAGAUCUGGGAAGACGCUGGCGAAGCGGGAGGGCGCAAACCACGAUACAUCCUGCUGUCUCAGGCCAAUAACGGAACUGGGUUCAUUCACAAAUCCAAACUGAAUACGAACGGGACCUUCUCCGUUGGAAAGACCUGGCGAUUAGCAGAACUUCAAGGGGUGCAAGUGGUCAAUCCCCUGGCGUUCAACGUGACACUGUCAAGGACGUACAGAUGGCAGACAGAGAAUAAGGAUGAUCAAGCCAGCUUUCUGGAAGCACUCGUCCGCACAUUUCGUACUCUACCAGGCGGCCAGACACCUUCCCUAAAGCUCGACGGCGUAGACGACUAUAGACCUUCGGGAGUGGUCAACGGACAGGCUGCUCCAAAAGUCUCAAGACGGAGAACACCAUCGCCAACGAGUAGCACUGGCACAGGCCGAAUUCCGCGUUCACAGGCGCUGCAGUCUCAGCAACCCUCACGCACCAUCCCUUUAAAUGUUUCCGAGCCUCCACGGCGUGCUCCUUCCCCAGUGGGGGGACCUCGUGUUCGAAAUGGAUCCGCUGUUCCACGCUCUCAGUCCCCAGCAAACUCUUUCCGCGAGCGCGAACGUAGACCGCCAUCAAUAACGGUACCGCCUCCUGUUGCGCCCCUUCAGCCCCAACCCCGACGGCCGUCCAAUGCGGCAUCAACAUCAAGUCGUGCAGAAGCGGCAGUUGCACGAACAAAACAAGCAAGUCCAACUGUUCCCAGACAACGUGUCCCCAGUCGUACGAACAACGCUUCACCGACACCUUCGGCAAGAGCUCGCACUGUGCCCUCACGGACGGAAAAUAUUACAACGCCUUCAGAUGUCACCAACCGGAGAGACCAGAAAGCUCGCAUAUCAUACUUUGACCCGUCUAAUCAAGCAAUGCUCGAUCGUUUAAUUCUAGGUACCGAUGGGCAGAUUGACGGAGAUGGGGAAGAGGAGAAUGCUCAAGCGACGUUGGCUAAUGUCGAAGAGAUGAUUGAAGGUUACGAAUGGGCGAGUGAGGACGUCAUUGGGAGAAAAAUGACCAAGGGAGCUGUGGACAUGAUUGAGGCCAGGUUGCUAGAUGAGUUGAUGGCUCUUGAAAGGGCCAACAUCCAUUCCUUCCUGGAGUCUGAUGAUCGUGUUGCUGUUGUCAUGAAAUAUAUUGACGAGGCCGUCGCCGAGCUAGAUAACACCGACACCCUUCUCUCAACCUACAAGAUUCAUCUAAACGCGGUGAAUGACGAUAUCUUGUAUAUCCAAUCUCAAAACCGUGGCCUACAAGUCCAAACACAAAAUCAAAGAGCUCUGCUAGGAGAAUUGCAAAACCUUUUGCGAACUGUUCAUGUCGACCAAGAGGCGCUUACCACGCUCACGCAAGAAUCUCUGGAGAAGGCGCAAGGUAUUCGACGUCUAGAAGGAGCUGCUGUUCAGCUGUACAAAGCUCUGCAAGCUGGACGAGACACUGACAUGGCGGCGACCAUGGAACGAUUACAAGAAUACCGCACGCAUAACUCUCAGUUCUGCAAGCGGAUGUUCGACUUUUUAUCCAUUAUGUUCGUUGCACAGUCGAAAAUGCUUCUUGGGGAUAGCUCUGGAUUAACGAGGACUUCAACAUCACGACCAGUCGCCACACCACAUACUGACAUCGAGAGCUAUCUCGGACGGUAUUCUGGCCUCAUGCUCUAUUUGAGAGAAAUGGAUGAAGCUGUCUAUAGCAAACUAUGCGCCAGCUAUUUCUCGGCCGCGAGCGAUCUACACAGCACGCAAAUAAAGGCGUUGCUAUCAUCCCAUCUAGAACUCGUCAAAAGGAUGCCUGAGGACGAACAAGAUCAAGGUUUUGGGACAGUGUCAACACCGCUCGCUGCAAGAGGCGCAGCUGGUAUGCGUCGGGCAGGUACUCUCAUACGGUCGCCUAUCGAAAGCAGACAAAAAGACAGAGAGAAGCAAUCCGAUGGAGACAUGCGAGCUUCAGAGGUCUUUGGGCUUUUCAUGGAACAAAUUGCCAACUUGAUCUACCACGAAGACGAAUUCAUCGCAGACUUCUUGCAAAUCAACGAUGGUGGACUAACGUACGCCGACUACAUGGAUUUGGACAACUACUUCCGAAGACAAGCUGCCCGGUCCGCUUCGUUGAGUCAAACAACUCUAAAGCUUAUCCGCGGCGCUCUGGACCUGAUUUUCGGAUUCUUGCCUGCCGAGUUGAAAGCGUGGCUCGAUGCCGCGCUGACCAAGGACAACCUCGAAAUCGUUGGGAUUCUAGCCUUCCUGGAACGCUUCUUACAGGAAGCCGAAGAGAAGGGCAACCCUUUUGUUCUCAAUUUGUUAGAGAAGCAACAUUCACGUCUGAAAAUCAGCUUUGACCGUCACAUUGCCGAUCAACUCAAGGGCAUCGAGCAGACAAAGUUGACCAGCAAGAAACGCAAGGGCGUUGCUCACUUCGUUAAGCACUUCUCUGUCUAUGCCUCGCGGGUGGAGAAUCAACUCAUCGGAGCCAACGCCUUGGAGAUACGAACCAGCGUGGACUCGGCCUAUGAGAGAAUUACCCAGGCGAUGUUCGAUUCGCUCAAGCAAAUCGCGAAGCUAGAAGGCGAAGGCGAGGAUAAGGGCCAACUAAAUUAUCAUGUUAUCCUGAUUGAAAACAUGCAUUAUUUCGUCACCGACAUUUCUCAGAUGGACGUCGCCUCUCUCAUUGCUGCUUCUCGGCGGGCUGAGGCAAUGUAUGACGAGAGUCUGUCAGCGUACAUAAAAAUCAUCUUCCGCAGACCUUUCGGGAAAAUCAUUGACUUCUUUGAAGGUCUUGAUCGUGUAGCAAAAGAUUCCAGCGACAUCACCUCCAGCGCGAACUUCAACAAAGGGGCACUGCGGAAGGUUGUCAAGGACUACAAUUCCAAGGAUAUCAAGAAGCAGGUCGACGUUCUAGCGAAACGAGUGGAGAAGCACUUUACGGAGGGAUCCGACAAAGAGGAAGGCAAUGCGUCCGGACCUGGAAAGGCGCUUGCUGGUGUUUGGAAGGCAUGCGAAGAGGAAUUCCUCAAGCUAACAGACACUUGGUCAUCAAGAACAUCUCAGUUGUAUGGCGAUAGCGGGAUUACACUAGAGUACACGGCGGCGGAUGUAGAGAGCGCCUUCCGACGGCAGCGACUGGGAUCAUAG